AUGCCGCCAUUCUCAUCUCUGCUUGAUCGUCGGGAAACUCAUGGGUAUAUGCCGGAUCACCUGGUCGACCGCUCGGGGUCCAAUGUCUUUUACUGGUUCACUAAUAUCACCACAGUCGGAGGAUUUAUCUCAUGGGUUCUCGUCGGCGUUGCCUACCUGCGCAACGUGAUUCCAUACAUCAAGAUUCGUGGAAAUGCCUCACCGGAAGUUAUCUAUGUUGUGUUCAUAGUAUCUUGA